UCCCCUUUUAUAAAUUUACUAAUUCAAAUUGUUAUUUUUCUUUUCUUUAAUCCAUCUGUACUUUGUUUCAAUCUUAAAACAACAGACAACAUCAAAUAAAUCCCUAAAUUAUCUCAAUCAUCAUGCUGAAAGCUUUACCUUUAAGUGUUCCAAUCACUUUACCAAACGGUAUUAUUUAUGAACAACCAACUGGUUUAUUCAUUAAUAAUGAAUUUGUCUAUCCAAAACAACACAAAACCUUUGCUGUGUUAUCUCCAUCCACUGAAGAAGAAAUCACUCAAGUUUAUGAAGCCUUUAAAGAAGAUGUCGAUACUGCUGUUGAUGCUGCCAAUGCUGCUUUCCAUUCAAAAUGGUCAACUUCAGAUCCAUCCACCAGAACCAGAGUGUUAUAUAAAUUGGCUGAUUUAGUGGAAGAAAAUGCCGAAACUUUAGCUUAUAUUGAAGCUCUUGAUAAUGGUAAAUCAUUACAAUGUUCAAGAGGAGAUGUUGCUUUAACUGCUGCUUAUUUCAGAUCUUGUGCUGGUUGGGCUGAUAAAAUUAAAGGUUCUGUGAUUGAAACUGGUGAUACUCAUUUCAAUUAUACUAGAAGAGAACCAAUUGGAGUUUGUGGACAAAUUAUUCCAUGGAAUUUCCCUCUUUUAAUGGCUUCUUGGAAAUUAGGUCCUGUUUUAGCCACUGGUUGUACUACGGUUUUAAAAACUGCUGAAUCAACUCCAUUAUCAGCUUUAUUUUUAGCUACUUUAAUUAAAAAAGCUGGUGUUCCAGCUGGUGUGGUUAAUGUUAUAUCUGGUUUUGGUCCAACUGCCGGUGCUGCAGUUGCAUCUCAUCCAAAGAUUAAAAAGGUUGCCUUUACUGGUUCAACCAAUAUUGGUAGAGUUAUUAUGAAAGCUGCUGCUGAUUCAAAUUUAAAGAAAGUUACAUUAGAAUUAGGAGGUAAAUCUCCCAAUAUUGUUUUUAAUGAUGCUGAUGUUAAAUCAACCAUUCAACAUUUAGUUACUGGUAUUUUUUAUAAUACCGGUGAAGUUUGUUGUGCUGGUUCAAGAAUUUAUGUUCAAUCUGGUAUUUAUAAUGAUAUUGUAGCUGAAUUUAAAAGAGCUGCUGAAACUUUAAAGAUUGGUAAUCCAUUUGAUGAAGAAACUUUUAUGGGAGCUCAAGCAUCUCAACAACAAUUGGAUAAGAUUUUAAGAUAUAUUGAUUUAGGUAAAAAGGAAGGAGCUACUGUUAUUACUGGAGGUGAAAGAUUAGGAUCAAAAGGUUAUUUUGUUAAACCAACUAUUUUUGGUGAUGUUAGAGAAGAUCAUCAAAUUGUUAGAGAUGAAAUUUUUGGACCAGUUGUUACAAUUACAAAAUUUGAAACUAUUGAAGAAGUUAUUGCAUUAGCUAAUAAUUCUGAUUAUGGUUUAGCAGCUGGUGUUCAUACUGAUGAUCUUAAUAAAGCUAUUACCGUGGCUAAUAAGAUUAAUUCCGGUACUAUUUGGGUUAAUACUUAUAAUGAUUUCCAUCCAAUGGUUCCAUUUGGAGGAUACUCUCAAUCUGGUAUUGGUAGAGAAAUGGGUGAAGAAGCUUUAGAUAAUUAUACUCAAGUUAAAGCUGUUAGAAUUGGUCUUAAACAAUAAGUUUAAUAGGAUCUUUCUAAUUAUGAUUGAUAUGAAUAUUAUUAUUAUUUAGUUUUAGUUUAAGUUUUAGUUUAUGAAAGCAAAUAAAAAAAAAUACAAAUCUUUAUGAAAA